UCCCUGUCCCCGGUGCCGGUGCCGGUGUCCCACACAUUCCGCUCCCCCGGCAGCGCAGGCGGAAGCGAAUAUGGAGGCGGCCGUGUUCAUCCUCUCCCUGGUCGAUUGCUGCGCCUUGAUCUUCCUCGCCGUCUAUUUCAUUAUAACGCUCUCAGAUCUGGAAUGCGAUUAUAUCAACGCCAGGGCAUGCUGCUCCAAGCUGAACAAGUGGGUGUUGCCGGAGCUGGUGAGCCAUAGCGUGGUCACGAUCUUGAUGCUGGUCUCCCUGCACUGGUUCAUUCUGCUGCUCAACUUGCCCAUUGCAGCCUGGAAUCUCUACAGAUACUUCUCUGUCCCCUCUGGCAAUGUGGGGGUCUUCGACCCGACCGAGAUACACAACCGAGGCCUGCUCAAGACCCACAUGAAAGAGGCCAUGAUCAAACUCGGCUUCCACUUGCUGUGUUUCUUCAUCUACCUGUACAGUAUGAUCCUGGCAUUGAUCAACGAUUGAGUGCCCCAGUGGAGGUGUGUGGACAUGCACAAACAUCGAGCAGAGCUGGGACCGGGCUCCCGUUUGGUUCUCUUGGGUUAGAAGUUGGAGAAGGUCGUAUCAUGCAGGUUACAUUCAGGACCCGACUGAAAUGUGUUUUGAGAUUAUUUUUUUUAAGCAAUAAAGUUACAGUUUAAAAGUAAGGCUUUGAUUGUCUGGUUGAGAGGUUACAGGUUAGAGUGAUCCUCGAUCAAACGUGGGUUGUGCUGUGCUGACUGCAGCCAGUUGUUCUCAGUAGCUGCCUAGCAGGAACAGCUGAGACAGAGUUCCUUCUACCCCCAGACUACCAAAUAAGACAUGGCUGAUCAGACUAUUAACCUCAGUUCCAUUUUCCUGCCUCAUUUCUUUAGAGCCUGCUCUUCCUCAGUGCUGUGGUUCUCUGGGGUAGAGGGUUUCUUUGAGAGAUAUACCAUCUCUUGGUUUGGCCUUAAAUGCUGAUGUGUUAUUGCAAGAUAAAUAACUCCUUCCCUGGGUUUCCCCAGGAGUCCAACAUUCUCUCAGAAUCGGGAGGAUCACCUUUUGAUCUUGUGGUCUGCUUAAUCCUCCUUUGAAAGGCAAUCUUACUGAAUUCUGUCAGUACUGCCUCACUGAUGAAUCUUGUAGGAUUGUUCUGGCAAAGCAGUCUGUGCAGCCCUGAGCUCUUCCUCUUCAGCUCUUCAGACUUCUAUUAUUCCCAUAGGCCUGAAUGUUUUUCCUCUCUUACAAUUUUUGUUUUGUAAAAUUGAGGUAUGUACAAUGAGGAAUGAAUUGGGAAACUAUUUUUCAUUAUGCCAGCCAAAUUGGUUAGAAUAGGAUUUUGAUUGGGAAAUAGAGAACCACUUAAAAGUUUAUUUGAAAAUUGACGAGCAGAAAAAAUAGCUGUCCUGGGGGAAAAAAAAAAAUCAGUGUUGGAAGUAAAAUCUCUUUACAUGUAACCUCCCCACAGUAAUAAGAAACCAUGGUGUUUUAAGAACAGAACUACUAGUUUCACCAAGUGAUGGCUUCUAUUGACAUUUGUGCAACAAUCAAACAAUGUAAUUUAGUCUUUAAUAUUUUUAGCAAUAUAAAUAAAAUUAUUGCUGUUGAAAAGA